ACAACAGCUGCAACGCGUUCGCCGGUAAAACAAAAAAUUUUGACUGUUGAUAAUACACCGAAUCUCUAACGAAAAAUAUUAUUUCAAGAUACCGGCGUGGUGGAUCUAAUACGUGAUAUGUUGUAGUGAUUUCUCAAAUCAAAUGUGAAAUUUUUAGUGGUUUUGGGAAAAUUCGAUUAUGAUUAAUUAGUAUUAUGUAUAUACAAGUGGAUUUCAAAUUAUUAAUAUAAUUCAGGAUAAACUCAUUUAUUGACUAAUUACUUAAGAGAAUAAAAAUAUUAUACGAAAAAAGGGUUGAGUGACAUUAACUGAUAUCGAGAACAUAACCUCAAAAUGGUUUAUCUUGGACCAGGGGUGCAAUAUGUAGCGGAAAGCGGAAGGGCGUUUAUUUCGCCAAACAAUCCUCAAGACGUCCUCAUGGAUAACAAAAAAAUGUUAAUGAUGCAGAAACGAGACGUCAUACUCACGGCUGUAUUCUCUAGUCUCGCUGCUAUAAUUCUGAUAGCAGGUAUAAGUGCUGCUUGUUAUUUCUUUCACAAAAGGAGACGUAAGCGAGAUGAGGAAGAGGAGGAUUCUCAGGAAGUUACUUAUUGUCGAAAAGUGGAGGAGGUUCAAGAGAAAAAAUCACGCUUAAAUGGAUUUCUUACGUUAAAGACGCCCCUGAUUUCCACUAAAACUCUGGGAGCUCAAUUAGAGACAACAGGAAGUCCUCAAGCCAAAUCACCAGCAGGCAGCAGUCAGGGGGCACUUCCUCCAGAAGCGAGAACACCCACCGCUUCUUCCAAAGGGGCACUCCAAAAUGUCAAGGGGGACCACCCAUCGGUAAGCCAGGAUAUGGCAUUUCUUCAAAAUCGCUCAAUAUCGUUGGUGGACAUGUACAUUGACAAUUCUGAACCUUCAGAAAACGUUGGGCAGAUACAUUUUUCCUUGGAGUAUGACUUUCAAAACACAACGCUCAUUCUUAGAAUAAUACAGGGUAAAGAUCUACCGGCCAAAGAUCUGUCAGGUACUAGUGACCCUUACGUCCGCGUCACGCUAUUACCCGAUAAGAAACAUCGUUUAGAAACAAAGAUAAAACGUAGAACGUUGAAUCCUCGAUGGAACGAGACCUUCUACUUCGAAGGAUUUCCUAUUCAGAAACUGCAGUCGAGAAUACUGCAUCUGCACGUCUUCGACUACGACAGGUUUUCCAGGGACGACUCAAUCGGAGAAGUAUUCCUACCAUUAUGUCAGGUUGAUUUAAGUGAAAAACCUUCAUUUUGGAAGGCGUUAAAGCCUCCAGCAAAAGAUAAAUGCGGCGAGUUACUAACUUCGCUAUGCUACCAUCCUAGUAGCAGCAUUUUGACGUUAACUUUGAUCAAAGCACGAAAUCUUAAAGCAAAAGACAUCAACGGAAAAUCAGAUCCUUACGUAAAAGUAUGGCUUCAAUUCGGCGAUAAACGUAUAGAAAAACGAAAAACGGCCAUCUUCAAAUGUACCCUCAAUCCUGUUUUUAACGACUCGUUUUCUUUUACCGUACCAUGGGAGAAGAUUCGAGAAUGUUCUUUAGACGUAAUGGUAAUGGACUUUGAUAAUAUUGGAAGAAAUGAGUUGAUAGGACGAAUAUUAUUGGCAGGUAAAAACGGCUCCGGCGCUUCUGAAACCAAACAUUGGCAGGACAUGAUCACCAAACCAAGACAGAAUGUUAUACAAUGGCAUAGACUUAAACCAGAAUAAGAAAAUUAUAGUAUAACGAAUAUAACUUCGAAAGCACCUCACAUCAUCUUUCAAAGUAUUUAUAAACGGAUAUUAUCUAUUUAAUAUUCAUGUUAUCUCACUAUAUAUUUAUAUUUUAUAUUCGUUGAUUUUUGUCAAAUUUUAUUAAUUAAAACAUAUCCAAGGGGUUGUCUUAAAUGUUUUUUAUGGAGAAUAAGAAAAUUAUUCAGCAACAUCUUCAUAAUUCAGUUUAUAACACAAAAAGACGCAAAAAUCUCACCCUACAUCGUUAAAACUAUUCAAUUUUAUACGAAUCACCGAAAUUUAAUUAAAUUAGAAAUUUGGACUCAUACUUUUUUAUAAUCGCGUACGAUUAUUUAAUAAUCUAAAAUAAAAAAUUAUCACUAUCAAUUUUGACUAAAAUAUUUAUAUCAAAACAUAUCCGAAGUCGAAUUAAAUUUCGCUGCUUAUUAUUUAGUUGAAUUUCUUUGUCUAUGGUUGGUGUAAUCGUUUUUAAUUAUGCAUUUAGAGUCAAGGACCAUAAAGCAAAGGACGGUCUACUUAACCAAAUCUGUCAGACUAUCUUCUGACGUCACAAGUUACACGACAUUACCUCAUUUUAUAUUAAAAUGUAAGCAAACAACAAAAUAAUAAAUAAUGUAGUUGCUUUCCUUGAAAUAUCACUUCAUAAGGUGAAUAAAAAAUGAGAAAAUUUCUAUGUUUGGAAAAAGUUAAAAGCACAAAAUGAGAAACGGAUCCAAAAAAUCGAAGCGGGGCUGCAUAUCAACUAAAAAGAUUGAAGAAAUAUUAACUGAACUCAAUAUGACCAUUGUUCUUGUCAAUAUCAUCAAGAUAAAAGCUUGCUUAGGAUGGCAACGUAGUUUGUGACAUCACAAAAUUGGAUUGUAAUGAAAUUAGACCGUCGUCUUCUUUAUGAAACAGUCCUUGACGUAGAGUAGUGUAGUGUGAAGUUUCCUAAUAUCAUGUCAAUGUUUAUUUUGUGGUUUUAAUGUGCUUAUUUAUUGAAUAAAUAAUUAUUGUUAUCAAUGUUUUUCAAUACUCAGUUAACUAUUGCAGAUUUUGUAGUUUAUUCUUACUUACUCAUAAUUGUCGGUAUUAAAAUGUUUUUUUUAAACGCGGAUGUUUUAAAAGGGUACAGUUUGGAUUGAAAUAUAAAUCUGAUUUGAAACUUAAAUAUUCAAUCCCAGCGAGAAAAGCGAUAUAUUUCUAAAUAUUAAGAUAAAAUUUCACUUGUUGACUGGUACAAAUAGUGUAGUAGGUGAGACAUUUAAGGCAAUCUCUAUAUUUCAAAAUGUAUAAAAUAUCUAUUUUUUUUUAUUUACACAAAAAUAUUUUACAUUCCAAAAAAUACAGUAGUAUUUCUAAACCUCUAUUUACCUUAAAAAUUAUUACCAACUAUAAAAACUAUACAGAAAAAUGAUUUUUAUAAAAAAUCAAUUGUAUUUCAUUACUAUUAAUAAUGCAUCAUAAUCUAUUUGAAAUUUGACUUUUUCAUGAAUUUGUGAAGCAAAUAACUCACAAUUUUUUGAACAAAUUGUUAUACAAACUUUUUCGAUACAAUUUUUUUCAUUUUUGGCAUUUAUUGGGUUCAAUGAAACUGAAAAUCAACUGGUGUGAAGAAUCAAUGAAGAUGCAUGACAGUUUAUUUAUGAAAGACCCUACUUGGUUAGUUAAAAUAUUUGACUGAAAGUUUCAUUAAUUAAAUGCCCUUUUAUUCAAAUCACUUUGUGUGUAGUUUUAUUUAUUAAAAGCGCUGUAAUGGAAUCUUUAUCAACAAACCAUUAACGAAUUAGUUGAAACAUAUUUAUUGAUAUAAAUGAACUAUUUUUAAAAUUAAUCAUAAUUUAUUUUUUUAUGAAUCCCUAUAUUUCUAACUCUUUCACGAGCACAACUACUUAAAUUAGAAAUAUGCAGGUUGUUCCAUCUACGAAAAUUUCUUCAUUAAUUUUCCCACAAAAAAAAUUACAACGUUGAUGAUAUUUUCAAAAAUGGAACAAUUUUAAUAUUAAAUUAUAAAAUAUAAACGAUGUCUAAAUAACAUAACAAAUAUUCAAAAAAAGAACUGCGAAAAAAGUCUCUGAAAUGAGAAGUAUUUUUUGUGAUACCUUGUAGUAAUGUUAAAAUAUUGUUAUAUUAAAUGUGAAUAUUCAUAUUAUAAUAGCUAUAAGAUUUAAUGCUUAAAUUUUCAUCGUUCAACUAUUUUCCGCACAAAAAACAGGUUCCAUAUUAUUUUCAAUGGAUUUCGUCUACUAAUAUACUAAUUAAAAGUUUUUAUAUUAAUUACAAUGCGCUACCCAAAACGUACUGUCGUGUAUCCUCUAGGAACUGGACUAAUAUAAAAUAACGUACACGAAAUAUUCACUAAUUGCAAUAACUAUAUUCGUAAUUUUAUUAAUAAUUAACCAUACAGUUACACGUUCUUUUUAAUGACAACUUAACUUUCUUCUUCUCUUUUAUUCCAUGUUUUGGAUUUGGCAAGAGAUGUGGAAGGGAGAAUAAACGUCAAAUAAUGCCGUAAGCUACUAUUCUGAUUUUAGCAUCGGCGGCAAAUUUCAUAAAAAUUAUAAUACAUAACAACUAUUAAUUGCCACAUGUCAUUAUGUAGUUUCUGAUAUUGUUUCCUGUACAGUUUUCAAUGUUGACAAAAACUGUAAGGUGUCAUACGAGUACAUCGAAUACUGUACAGAACCCACACGACAUCGUUCCAAGAAGAAACGUUAAAUGACAGCAACAGUGUUCACUAACUGACAUUUAUAAACUAAAACCGCGUAAUCUGUUACCAAAGUUCCGAAAUACGAGUAUGUUGUCUCAGAAAAUUCUUGAAUCAACGGUAACUAAUGGGAAGCUCAAAAUGGCGUCUCUCGAAGUUUAUUCUCCCCUCCAAAUCUCUGUAUUUGACGCACAGUGCUGCAGUACGUGCGCACAAGAACUAAUUAUAUUAUAUAUUAACUGCUGAACAAUGAGGCAAUGAACUAUAUAAAAAAUAUUAAUUUUAAAGUUGAACGACAAAAAUUUCAGUAAAACUAAAUUAUUAUGUAGUUUUAACUGUCUACAAGUGUAACGACAACACGCUUUAUCUUUGUCUGUAUAGUAAAAUUAACUAGAAUGAAUUCAGAAUGGAUUUUUCGGAGAAGGUCAUUGAAGGAACGAUCAGAUAUGUGAUUUUGGGUGUUUUUGCAAAGAAUUUUGAUGUGCUUUUUGUAAUAUAGCGAUAGAUUCGAUAUACUUGUAAUUUUCAUAUGGACAAAAUAUUUUUUGCUAUAAAUUCAGUAGUAAGCAUUCAUCGACAGGUAAAUUAAUAUUGUAUGAUUUCAAAUAAAUUCAGUGGAAUUCUAGUUACGUCAUAUGACGCCAUUACACAUUCCACUAGAUUAAUAGGCCAAGCUGUAGGGAUUUGAAAAUGCAUAAUUGUAACAAAAAUUUUAGCAACGAACCGAUCGCCACAAGAGAAAUAAAUAAAACUAGGAGAAUUAUUGGCAUACAAUGGGAUGUUUUUAUGCCAAAAAAUAAUUGAAUCUUUUUCAAUAAGCGGUAUUUAUAGAGACGAUUCCAUCAUAGUUUACAUCAUCGUGGAAAGAGAUUCUGGAAAGUAGAUUCAUUUGUGUAAUAGCCCUGAUAUAGGAAAGUUUUUUCUCUGCGGGGCUAUUACAUCAUCGUCAUUUGUUUAUUAUUAUAUAAACGCUUUUCCAGACAUCUAAGUGGUUGAUGUCAAAUUUACGAAAUUUUUAAAUUUAUAAUCGGAUUUAUGAUAAGGUAUACAGACCAAUUGGAAAAAACUUGCUGCAAACGUUGAAAAAGUGGGCAAUUUAACUGAAAAAUUGACAUUUAAAACGUCAGUGUUUCCGAUUUAUUCUCAAUUUCUCAGGGUCUAAGUGUUCAAUUGAGACGUUCUAUCUCAUAUUUUGUAGAUAUUUUUAUUUUCCACAAAUCGUCUUAUUGAAAAGUUUUGAUUUCUCUAUUAAUUUCAAAGUUGUAAGAAAUAAAACGCGUCUUUGUUGCAUUUAAUUUUUCAAUAAAUAAUAGGAACCAGAAAUGCGAGCUAAGAAACACAAACCUAUUCAUCUUUUUACAAUCUUUGAAAAAAUCGUAAAAUCUUUUUGUUGUCAUUAUUUUUGUCAAGCCAAAUACCCUAUGCUUGGCCUAUAAUCAAUGUCUACUGGUGAUAAAUCAGUGUUGCCAACUAAAAUAUGUAAUGAAAGAAACAUUAACAACUAUCUGCUUUAUAUUGUGAGUUUUUAAGGGUUGCUAAUGUAAUUUUAUGCUUGAAAUCUCAUCAUCAAUUUGGCUUGGUAUAAAAAUUUUCUGUCAAUGGAUGCGAUAAAAUUGGUAGUUCACGUAUUUUUUUAAUCAUAGAUAAGUAUCGUUACACUGUUAAUAUGUGGCCAAUUGUGAAAACUCGAUGUUGAUUAUCUGUUGUAAUAUAUUUCAAAAUUUUAUCAAGCUCGAUGUUGAACAAGAUCGCUUUUGAAAUAACUUGAUCUACAAGUUUAUUAUUUCGAGACAAAAUUCACAAUUCGUAAUCUCUAAAUCUUUUGUGGUACCUCAAAUUUUAAUUGUGGAAAACUCCUGUUGAGUGCUUUUCAAUUGUUGCUUCAGAAUAGUUAUAGAUGUAAAUUAAGAAAAUUCAUGACUGUUAUAUAAAAUUCAUUGUUUAAUCAACUAUAGUAUAGCAAAUUAUGAAUUUUAUUAUUCCCUAGACUUUACGAGGACAUUUCACGGUCAUAAUUUAUAGCGAACCAAUGGUGGUUGCCUACUUUUAUUAUGGAUAAACUUUUAUUGUUGAAAUGUUGGCUUUAUAUCCUCUUUAAUAUAUUCUAAACAACUGUUCAACUUAAUAGACUAUAAGAUUCCUUUCCACAUAUACAUUAUAUAUUAAAAAUGUUUUUAUUUUUCAAGUUCUCAAAAUAUUUAGCUAAUCGAUCCUAAACUAACCUAACCUAAAAAAUGUUUGGUAAUUGUGAUAUUUAAUUGUUAUUUUUUGAAAUAGUUCGUUUUUGUAUGUACUUUUGGAUUCUUUAUGACCCCACUUCCGAAAAAUAAUAUUUUUUUAAAUCUAUUCAUUAUUGAUUAACGUCUAAUGAUUUAAAAUAAAUAUAGGUCGUUCCAAAACUAAGAAUUGCUAUGGAAAUCUGUAUUUGCAACAUUGUCAAAUGAUACAAAUAAUUAUGUUACUAAAAAUUUAAUUUUUGUUUUAAAAUCUGUAAGUAUACAUGUUUAUUUUAUCAUUUUAAUAACCGCGCUACUGAUCUACUAAUCGUAACACUAUUUUUAAUCUGCAUACCAUUAGGACUCGUUCUAUUUUUAUUUUGCUAGACUAUAUUCAAAGAAAAACACCAUUUUAAAAAUAAUAAGCUUAAAAAAAUCAAAGUGUAUAUCGAUGUUUUUAUUUGUUUGCAGCAAAACAAUAAAUAAUUUCGACAAGUUUUUUCAAAAGUGUUAGAAAGAUAACACCUAGAUAACUGGGUGUAGAAGAAGCAGUUUAACUGUAGUGCCUGAAAUAAACGUAUCGUUUUUUGCGUUUACAUACUGAAAAAUAUUUUCAAAAAUUAUUUAGAAAAAUAAGUAGUUGUAAUUUUCGAUUACGGGAUAAAAUGUUGGCAUUUUAAAGCAGUUUAGCUAUCUAGUAUACUAAAGUAAUGAUAGUUCGAUGUAUUUUUAAAAGAAAGCUUAGGAUUUUUAUAUAUUGUGGUUUAGACUUCCGUGAAAUCAUCUUAGAAAACAUUAACGUAUCAUUAAGUAAUCAAUUUCAUUCUUUCUUACUUCAAAUGACUAAUAAAUGUAUUCAGAAAUAAUUUUAUAUUCAUGCUUAUUCUCUUACGGCAAAUUGGGAAUGAAAGGGUACAAUUACAUAGUAAAAAGCUGGGAAUUAUUGCAAAACAAUAUCCUAAAUGAAAAUCGUCAUGAUUUUUUUUGGUGUUAGAUAAUUUCUUGUUUUUUUUUUAAUGGUUUUUAUGUUCUAAUUGCGAUUCGAUCUACUACUGAAUUCCCAUUUAUCAACUUCUGUUAUGCCAUUUUUAAAUAGCUGAUAAAUUCCAGAUGUUUUAUCAUACAAAAUACACUAAUAAAAAUGAAAUUUAUAUCAUAACAAGCUUUGUUAUUUCGAUAGGCAACAAUUUCAACUAUGUUAAUCAUUCGACUUUGUAUCUAUAUUUUACAAGGGUACCGCAGUUGUUCGAGGUAUUUUACGAAGUCCAAAACACGUUAAAGAUUGUUGAACUUGAAUUUUAUCAUUUGAAGGAUUUUUAUGAAGUGUUACUCUUAAAAUUACUAAAAGAGAACUACAUGUUGUGUAGGUUUUGCCAUCAUCAAAUAAAUGUUGAAAAACAACAAAACAUUUAAAUGUAUGUAAAUAUAUGUUAGUUAACAGUAAUCUAAUAUUGUAGAAGUAUUUAUUAGUAAAAAAUAAACGUAUUUAAU